AUGGGCGCCUCAGCAUCCAAACCCGCGCGGUCGGCUGCAAGCACGGCCUCGCGCCGGCAAUAUCCCAAACAGCCAUCCGCUGCCUCGAGGGCCGCUGCUCCACGCCCUCAAACAGAAACAAGACAGCCUCAACGACAACCACAACCACCCCGAAGUCCGCCUCCUCCACCAACACCACAGCCCAGGGAACAAGCAUCGACGGUGAAAUCAUCAGUCAUCGACCUCGACGGCCGCGAUCCUGACUUCGCCGCUUCUCUCCGCUCCAUCGGCCCCGUCACCCCUAACCCAACCUUCUCUCGCACCAGCGCCUUCAACCCGCGGUCCGCCGGCGCCCCGACCACCCAGCCCGGCCAGCAACCCGUCUUUCCCACGGCGACGAACCCGGCUCUCCUGGUGCUGGCGGCGCGGCAGAAGAUCGCGACGGCCGCGGAGGCGGAGGUGGAGGAGAUCGGGCGGCCCGGGUUUGCGGGGCGGGAGUUCCUGGAUGCGUUUACGAUCCGGCAGGCGCUGACGAUGCGGGAUCGGCAGGGGUUGAGCGAGGGGGAGAUUGAGGGGGUGUUGAGGUUGAAGAAGGGGGUGUUGGAGCGUUUGGGGAGGAAGGGGGUUGUGGGGGAGGUUGGGUAG